UUAAGGUAAGUGAAAUUAUUACUUAAAACUACAAUAAGCGUUUUGAAUUCAAAUUGAAUUUCGCGCGUUACCGGCGGUGAGCUCGUUGCCGGCGGUGAGCUCACAGUAGUUCAAGUCAACCGCCACACGCAGCAGAGUGGUGAGCGCGCGUAGUGGGGAACCGCUUGGUGGGGAGAGAGACCUACGAGGGUGACUAGCACACAGUAGAGAGCUCAUUCCAGAUCGCGGAGAGGAAUAGUGCGGUCCACGAUGGAGAGCUGCCGGUGCUACCACUGCCUCGUGAGGAUGGUGUCCGAGUACAAUUUACAGAAUGAAGGGAAUGAGGUGCCAUUCCCGACAACACUACCAGGAUCUCCACCAGGAUCGCCAACGCAGUCACCUCUGCAUCAGAUGGCACUCCAGUGGCGUCUAUUUUCACCGCCGUGGAUGCUGGUGGAGAGGCCGCCGACACCACUGCCCAGGUCACCGACACCUCAACCCAAGAUGGAACCGGAGUCUCCCCCACCCUUCAUUCAGUUGGGGACUCCAUCCAGGUCGCCUACACCGGUGGAAUGGCUGCCUACAACCCCGCCCGGAAGUCCACCACGGUGUAGGUCACCGAUACCCAGGGCGCAGUCUCCCGAGCCCAGGGUAGAGGAAAGGGAGCCGGCGGGACCUUCACCAGAGGCGCAGCCGCCGCUUGCUCACGGUCGGCGUCGCUGCCAUCGACGGCGGCGCGUAUUUUUUAAUUUUAAAUUUAAAUUUUAUUUUUAAAAAUCAAUAAAUUUUUAUUUUUUUUUAAAUUAGUAUAUUUAUUUUGCGGAUCCUGUAUAGAAAUUUUUACGACUGCGUUAGAGUAAGAGUAUUGCGCAUGCGUGAAUAGGUGGGGAAAAAUUUAAGAGUGGGGAUGCGUUAUAGGUUGGAGUGAGGGUAAAUGGUCUAGUGCGCAUGCGUGAAAGGUAGGAGUGGGGAUUUCGGGGUAUAUAUUCAGGGAUUUUGUCGAGUUUAAUCAGUAGCUGUUCUGUUUACAGAUUCAGCGGUUCCAACAGCAGCAGCAGAUUCCCAUUACUAACUGUCUUUUUUGUUACAUUUAUUGUUAUAUUUACUGUGUUUAUUGUUAUAUUUACUGUGUUUAUUGCAUUUACUUUGUAUUGAUUUUUAGGUUAAGUUCUUUAGUUUGUAAGUUCGUUCUUUUGUUCUUUUGUUAGCUUGUAAGUGUGUUCUGUUUAGUUUUAAGUGUGUUAGCUUGUAAGUGUGUUUCUUUUGAUUUCAGGUGCAGAGAUGAAGCGGAAGGUGACGACCACCGAUGGACCACCACGUAAGUAUCCGAAUUACGGUACUAUUCUCGACGAGAGUGACAUCACUGUUACUCUCAUUAAAGAAGCCCUUGAGUUGAUACCUUAUUUGAGUAACGUAAAUGUAAUUAGGUUUAAUUUUAAUUUAAGGUUUUUAGGUUUAAUUAAUUGUGUAAUUAGGUUUAAUUUUAUGUAUAUAGUUCCUUGGUGGGCUAACAGCCCUAGGAGCUUGAUUUCUUUAAAUAAAUAAAUAAAUGAGAGACGCUCUUUCAUUGAACGAUGGGUUGUAGAAUGCUCACAACAUGAAAACUUGUUAUCGAGCAUUCUCAAGUCGAUGUACUUUACACAUCAAAAGAAAAGAUGUGUGAGCAUUCUACAAUCCAUCAUUAGACUUCGCGCAUUAUUUGAGUCCCAUAUUGUAGAUGGCGCUGGAAUCGGUGACCCAGAUAUCAAUAAACGUGUGCGCUGGGAAGAAUGUGAGAGUGCGUUUGCGUGUAGACUGUACACUAAUGUGAUUGUAAAUCUUGAACACAUUGAUAUAAGCGCGUUUUUAGACGAUGGGUCCACACUGUUUCAAGACCAUAUUAGAGGUGCUUUAAAUAAGAAUGGACCCAUCGUCGUGUACGGCGUACUCAUCGCAAACUUCAAGAGGGUGGAGAAUGACGAAGAAGUUGUAAAGCCGAUUCCUUUUGGAACCAAGGCCAACAACAUCUUCCCUACAACCCUUUUAGAUGAUUGGUUCGAGCAGUACAUUAAGCAGCCGAUUCUACAUAGUGUUGAAGAGUUUUACGCCAAAGGUUCAAAUUGGAACCUACAGUCAAUUAUAAAGCUUGAAAUCAAUGUAAAUAAGUAUAAUCCGAUGCGUGCGAGCUCUUACAUUAGUUUACCUCCACAAAUUAAAAACAAGCAUGCAUGUAUUAAUGUUGAAAAUGCAGAUAAAGAGUGCUUUAAAUGGGCCAUACUUUCUGCUUUACAUUCAAAUGUAUCACAUCCUGAGCGCGUUACCAGUUAUAAAGAAUUUAAAGAUGAAUUGAACUUUGACGGAAUUGAAUUUCCAGUGACGCUUAAAAAUAUCCUGAAAUUUGAAAAAUUAAAUGAUAUUUCAAUUAAUGUCUAUGGUUUAUUAAAAUACUAUGGGGACUUCUCAACACAUUCUCUCCAUCUCACUGCGGAAAAAAGAGAUAAGCAUGUAAAUCUCUUGUAUGUUGCUGACAUGUAUGCGGAUGAAAGUGUUGACAAUAAUGUAUUGCAUGACGAUGAUGGUUUUAUGAACUUCCAUUAUGUAUGGAUAAAAAGUUUAUCUGCGCUUCUGUAUAAACAAUUGUCAAAUUAUAAAGGUAAAAAACAUAUUUGCGACCGUUGCCUACACUAUUUCAAUUCGUUAGAAAAACUGAAUGUACACAUUGAGAAUUGUAAAAAAGUGAAUGAGUGUAAAAUUAAAUUACUGAAGCCGAAAGAUAGUAUUAUCAUAUUUAAAAAUUAUAAGAAUAAAGAGAAAGUACCGUAUGUAAUAUACGCCGACUGUGAAAGUCUACUUCUUCCCGCCGAUGAAGAUGUAGACAAUUUAAGUAAGACUGAAGUUUUCCAGCGUCACAAAUUGUUAAGCAUCGGAUAUUAUAUAAAAUGUAGCUACGACGAAUCAUUAUGUAAAUAUGUACCAUGCCCGAAAAAUGAAUCUGACCCUGCUAAAUGGUUUACUGAGGAAUUAAGGCAAUUAUCUGAAAAAAUUGAUAAUGUAUUUAAAAAUCCGAUACCAAUGAAUGCCUUAACUCCUCCAGAAAUCAAUGACUUCAAGCGAGCGACAAUAUGUCACAUUUGUAAUGAGAAAAUACCGGCAAGCGAAAAGAAAGUCCGCAAUCACUGUCACCUUACUGGCAAAUAUAGGGGUGCUGCCCAUGAAUCAUGCAAUUUAAACUACCAAGAUUGUCAGACAAUUCCCGUGGUGUUCCACAAUUUAAGUGGCUAUGACGCCCAUUUUAUAAUUCACGCGAUCUCGACGAGCUUUGAAGGGAAUAUUGACUUCCUCCCCAUUAACAAAGAGAAAUAUAUCUUUUUUACUAAACACGUCAAGGGGAGUGAGGUCAAAUUUCGAUUCAUUGACUCAUUGCGAUUCAUGGCAGCAUCCCUAGAAAAACUCGCAUCGUACUUAGACGAGUAUAAAAUUGUAGGGUGUUUUCCCCUAUGAGUACUUUGACUCAAAAAGUAAGCUCGAUGAAACUGAAUUACCCCCGAUAGAGAAAUUUUAUAGUACUCUGUAUGACGCUGGUAUUUCUGAUGAUGAGUAUGCGCAUGCGCUAAAUGUAUGGACCGAGUUUGACUGUAAAAAUCUCUACGACUAUGUACAUUUAUACAUGAAAACAGAUGUAUUGUUACUUGCGAAUGUCUUUGAAAAUUUUCGAAAAGAAUGUGUUAAAGCGUACGGGUUAGAUCCUGCUCACUAUUAUACGACCCCCGGUAUAGCUUGGGAUGCUAUGCUCAAGUACACGAGCAUAGGAUUGCAACUAAUAACCGAUGUUAAUAUGAUUAUGUUUGUUGAGUCUGGUAUUAGAGGUGGCAUAAGUCAAUGCUGCAACCGAUAUACUAUAGCGAAUAAUCCAUAUAUGGAAAAUUUCGAUGAUAGCAAAGAUACUAGCUACAUCAUGUACUUUGACGCUAACAAUUUAUAUGGCUGGGCAAUGGCUCAAGCGCUCCCUUAUGGCGGCUUCAAAUGGGUUGAAAAUGUCGACAACUCUUUCAAUUUUAAUGUAUCCGACGAUUCACCUGUUGGAUACAUACUCGAAGUUGACUUGGAGUAUCCUGAAAGUAUUCACGAUACCCACAAAGACAUGCCAUUUUGCGCAGAAAAUGCGAAACUCCCCCUCUCGAAACAGGAGAAAUUAUUAACAACUCUC